AUGGCUAGUAGAAAGGAGGCGUUGAGAGUGGAGAGACCGAAGCGGCACGAGACGACGAAAAUGGAGAAUACGUUGAAGAUGAUACCGGAGGAGGGAAAGUUCGAAGUUGACGUUGACGCCGGUGAUGUAAAACCUGCUUUGAGGAAUUCAGAGAUUUUCAAGGACGUGGCUAAUAAUUAUUAUCAGUCGACGGUGAAGCCGCCGGUGAAGAUGAAGAAGGAGAUAUCGCCUGAGGAGAUGGAUCGGAAGUUCGAAGCGUUUAUAAAGAAGGUUAAGAAGGAGAGACGGGAGUCGCUGAGAUUGGACAAAGAGAUGGCUUAG